UAUUCUGACAGCACGUGAACGCACCCUUCCGUCUUGAUUACCCAUCAGCCCUCUGGUGUGUUUUUGGUUGUGCAGCUACAGGAGCUUCUGUAAGUCAGUCAAAGUAAAAGCAGUGAGCAGAUCCAGACGUCAGGAUGGGUGAGAGGAAAGGAACAAACCACUACUACCCUCCAGACUUUGAUCCAGCUAAGCAUGGCUCCCUCAACGGAUACCACAAGACCCACGCUCUGCGGGAGAGGGCCAGGAAGCUGUCCCAGGGCAUCCUCAUCAUCAGGUUUGAGAUGCCGUACAACAUCUGGUGUGACGGCUGCAAGAAUCACAUCGGCAUGGGGGUCCGUUACAACGCAGAGAAGAAGAAAGUGGGGAACUACUACACCACGCCAAUCUACAGGUUUAGGAUGAAGUGCCAUCUGUGCGUCAACUACAUCGAGAUGCAGACAGAUCCGGCCACAUGUGACUAUGUGAUUGUCACCGGUGCAAGCCGGAAGGAGGAGCGCUGGGACAUGGAGGAGAACGAGCAGAUCCUCACAACAGAGAGGACAGAGAAGGAGAAGCUAGAGACGGACGCCAUGUUCAAACUGGACCACGGUGGGAAAGACAAAGAGAAGCUGAAGAAGGCUCUGCCCUCUCUGUCUGAGAUCCAGGAGCACCAGUCAGGCUGGAAGGACGACUUCCAGCUCAACAGCUCCCUCCGCAGGAAGUUCAGGACUGAGAAGAAGGUCCAGGCGGAGCAGGAGGAGAAGGACAACAAGGUGAGGAUGAGGACCAACCUGUCCAUCCCUCUGCUGCCGGAGAAGGAGGAGGACAAGAGGCUGGCAGCGCUGCUCACCUACCAGGCGCCUGACUCCUACGACGACAGGCAGCACAGUAAGCGGAAAGAGAUCUCCUCCCGCUCGUGGUUCAACGCGUCCCCAUCGGCUCCUGGAAGUGCAGCAGGCAGUCUGCUCCAUAAGCUCGGCCUGCAGGGGAAAGAAGCCGCCGUGGCUAAAGCCCUGAGCUCCUCACACAGCCCCCUGAUCCGCAAGCGUUCAGGAGGACCGGGACUCAAAACAGAACCCUGUGCCACCGUCACCCGCAGACUGUCGCAGCCUGAACUUAACACGUGUGAUGGAGAGAUUUCAAAAGAACCUAAUGGUAUGACACCAACACAGCAAGGAGAGGAGGGAACAGAGACACACGUCAAAAUCUCACAGGCAGGAGAGGAGAAACUGACUAACGCAAAGGACUCUGGGAAGGAGCAGGAGCAGGAGAAGGACACUAGUUUAGGAGCGAUCACAUCUCUGGUGGCGGAUUACAGCGACUCAGACUCAGACCCGGGACAGUGAGGCUGGAUUUGAAGCUGAACAGACAAUUUCUGUUGUCAAUGAACAGAUGUUAGAGUCUGAGAAUGUGAGAGUGAAGAAAACUCCAUGAUUUUUGUUGCACCCAAACCAAGAAAUACCAAUGUGUGUUUUCAUCUUGCAGCCAAUCAACCUUUGAUUUAAUGUGACGUGUGAUGAAGCCCACUACCUGUGUGUGGUGAUGUCGACAGCAGGGUGCAUAGCGGUCCAAAAUCGUCACCAACAUGUUGAAAGUUUUGUUUAAAUUCGACCCUUUAAUGUAUUUAUGUUGCAGACUUUGGGAAGAGGAGAGUUGCCAGCUUUUUAUGUCAUUCUUGAUUUUUAUUUCACACUUUACAGGUAUUUUUAUUUCUGCUGGUGUCAUCAUUUUCAAACAACACUCAGUCCAUGUGGUCUCAGCAGAAACACUCUGUUUUCCAUUAAGCUGUGCUGUAUGUGAUUGUUCAUCUCCCACAUGUGUACAAACCUUUUAAAUUAAAGGUACUAUGAAACACUGUU